AAGCGGGUCAUAACCUGUGUCGGCCCUAAGCACCUGCGCACACGAGCCACCUGAUCGGCUCCGGCGCAGCGAAUCGGUCGUUGCUCUCCGCUCGAAGAAACCCUUCUCCGUUCCUCAGAGAAAUCUUGGACGGAAUACCAACCCCAGAUCCUUUCUUCGUGAACUACCUUUCAAGAUUUGAUUGAUUCGGAAUCUCAAUCCUUUCUAAUUGAUCAACUGAAAGCUAUAAUUAUCUCCUCCUUGAUCUCUCUGAAUUGGAUUCGGCCGGGAUGAUGGCCAAGAAGCACAGCAGCUGCGCCAUUUGUGAGAACUCAAAUCUCCCCUCUUUCUGCGCUGGUUGCGUUAAUUACAGAUUGAACGAAUGCUACGCUUCGUUAAGAUCUCUGCACAGCAAGCGGAAAUCUCUCUACGCGAGGCUGGAGAGGACGCUGGAGGCCAAGAGAAAAAUGGACGAACAACUGAGUUGGAGACUCGCGCAAAAGGAAAGAAUAAGAAAGUUGAAGGAGCGGUUGCACAACAUGCAGAAGCAACUCUCGCAAGAAAAAGCAAUGGUUGCCAAAGAAUCAGAAGAAUUAAAGAGUAAAACUGAGUUCGUGGAGUCUGCUCUCUCAACGUUAAAAGAAAGUCGCACGAAGCUCGAGAGCAAAUAUCACAGUCUCAAGUGCACUCAUGAAUUCAGGCUUAUGGCAAUCAGCUCUGAACUCAUGCACAAACAAGCUGUGGUUGUGAAACUGAUAUGUAAACUUUUUCCAAUGGGAUGGGGUCAUAACACCAAAUUCCGAGUGGCAUUUGAUGCUAAUUCCAUUCAAACAAUACAUGGAAUUAAAAAGGUGGGUUCAGGUGGUUCAUAUGAUACAAUAGUUGGUGCUCGUUUGCCUAGAGGACUUGACCAUUCAGUUCCCCCUGAUGAGCUUUCUGCAUCAUUAGGGUAUAUGAUUCAACUUGUGAAUCUUGUCAGUCCAUGCCUAGCAGCUCCAACUCUACACGCUUCAGGCUUUGCGGGUUCAUGUUCACGUACAUGGCAACGAGAUUCUUACUGGGAAGCACGGCCUUCCUCUCAAAGCAAGGAAUACCCUCUUUUCAUCCCCCGGCAAAAUUUCUGUUCUUCAACUGGUGAGGCCUCGUGGUCGGAAAGAAGCUCAAGUAACUUUGGUGUUUCUUCAGUAGAAUCAGAGAAGAAAUCCUCUUUGGAUUCUGCUCCAAGCACUAGCCUUAAUUAUUCCACUGCUUCUGCAUGUUCUCUAGAGACCCAAAAGGAUUUGCAGAAAGGGAUUUCACUACUCAAGAAAAGUGUGGCAUGCAUUACAGCUUAUUGCAAUAAUAUAUAUUGCUUGGAUAUAUCUCCAGAUGCGUCUACUUUUGAAGCCUUUGCCAAAGUAUUGGCCACGUUGUCUUCUUCUAAAGAAAUGAGUGCAGUGAUUUCCUUGAAGAUGGCAAAGCCAAAGUCUGAUAAUCAAGCAAAGCCACUGAACAAAUCAAUCUGGAACGCAAAUUCUACUCCAUCUACAAGCAGUUUGCUUGAGAGUGAACACAGUAUGAUCAUAACGAGAAGCGCUCGAAAUAAUCUCUCGAACUCUGCAGCUAGUUUUCUUUAUGCUGACACAACUGAGGCCAGAGCAUCAGAAACCAUGGUGGAUGGAUGGGAUCUGAUUGAACACCCUAUACUUCCUCCACCAUCUCAAGCUGAAGACAUUGAACACUGGACGCGAGCCAUGUUUAUUGAUGCG